AUGCCUGCAGCCCGGGAACGAAUGACGGGGUUUAUGCUCCUGGCAGCCGUUAGAGACAAUUACAGGGGUCUACCCUUGAUGCCGUGCAGUCUUGAGAAGCAAUGUACUCUCCUAACAAAAUCCCUCAUGCCUGGCUUUUGGGAUUAG